AUGAAAAAAAACCCUAAUUGGCAGCCACAUGUUGACGUCAGAGCUGUCGGAUUUUUGAGUCACCGUCGAGGGAGAAGACGGAAGAGGACCUCAAGAAAAACUUUUCUCCAGCCUAAGAUCUUGGUGGAAGUCAUUGACAAUGGUGGUGGAUGUAGAAACAAUGUUCAAGAAAAAGGGUUUGCUAAAAAUGAGUCAACAGGACUUGUAGAGCCUUCUAAAACUAACUAUCCAGUUCUUUCAUCAAACAAGAGUCUUCCAAAAAACAACAAUUCAGAAUUGUCACAACUUCAGAAUUUGUCUUCUACAAUCAAAGAAUCAGAAGAUAAAACACAGCCCCAAACAGACACCUGUCAGUGUUGGUGUUAG